CGGAGGAGAGGCAGAGAGAACAGAGGAGAGGGGAGGCCUUCAGGCUGCUGUGUCGGGAGCUGUGGAUGAGGGGGUGCGAAUCUCAGGCUCUGCUCAGCGGAUCCACUAAGAUUUUGAGAUGUCCUUUAUAUUUGACUGGAUUUACAGUGGCUUCAGUAGUGUGCUGCAGUUUUUAGGAUUAUACAAGAAAACAGGUAAACUAGUAUUUCUUGGAUUGGAUAAUGCUGGAAAAACUACUCUCUUGCACAUGCUUAAAGAUGACAGACUGGGACAACAUGUCCCCACAUUACAUCCCACUUCAGAAGAGCUGACAAUUGCUGGUAUGACGUUCACAACUUUUGAUCUAGGAGGACAUACACAAGCUCGCAGAGUUUGGAAAAACUAUCUGCCUGCCAUCAACGGCAUUGUCUUUCUGGUGGACUGUGCAGAUCAUGAAAGAUUGGCUGAAUCUAAGCAAGAACUUGAUGCACUAAUGACAGAUGAAACUAUUGCUAAUGUGCCUAUCCUAAUACUUGGCAACAAGAUUGACAGACCAGAAGCCAUCAGUGAAGAGAGGUUACGGGAAAUGUUUGGUUUGUAUGGCCAAACAACAGGAAAGGGGAAUGUUUCGGUGAAGGAAUUGAACACUCGGCCCUUAGAAGUUUUCAUGUGCAGCGUGUUAAAGAGACAAGGUUACGGGGAAGGAUUUCGUUGGAUGGCACAGUACAUUGAUUAAUGCCACAAUCACAUCAGUACACACUAUCCAAACCUGUUCAUGUUCUGAUCAAUGUACAUAACUUGAACUUAAUAGACUUUGGUUACAAAAACGUAUUUUUUUUAUUGUAUCAAUUGUGUUAAAUUUUAAGUGUAAAGACUGAAACAGAUUUUAAGCAAGUUUGUCAAUUUGGAUCUUGUAACUUUAGUCUCUAGUCCUAUCAAAUCCCCUUCUUUUUGGAUUAAUUUAUAUGUUGUCUGCAGUUCUCCCCCAUUUUUGUUUUUAGCUUUCCAGCACAGUAUGUUUUUGAAUGCACUUUUUAACAGCUCAACCAUACAGACUUGUUGGUCAUAUUUAAUGCUCAUCAUGUCAAAUUUUUAAGUAUUUUUUCAGAACCAAUUUUAUAAAUGUAAAGUGAAUAACCACUUCUCAAAGGAUAGUAAUGAAUAAGCUUAUGAAUAAUUGCAUGAUGCCUUACGGUUUUCAAUAAUAUACUUUCUUAUGCAACGUCAUGCAAUAAAACUAAAUCCCAUUUCUUGGCAUCUUUAAUGGGAAAAUUUUCAUUUUAAUGUGUCUUAACCUAGUAAAGACGUUUCAAGAUGUGAAUCUGUGGGGUAGUUUUCUAAAAUGCAGUAUAAUUUCUGUGUACUGUAGACUUUUUAUAUUAUUUAUUUGAUUAUCUUUAUGCUGGGAAUGAAUCACAUUAACAUUAUCCAUGCUUUCUGGAUGUAAGUGUUCAGUCACUGUUUUUCACAUUGUACAAGAAGCAGCAUUAUGGCCUUGUUGUGUAGUACACUGUGUAGUGCUAGUGAGUGCCUGAAUGCAGCUUUUUAGAAAACCACCAGGUUGGUACUGCAAAUACACAUUUAGAAGCCUG